CAGGGGGGUAGGUGAUGUGGAGAGUAAUGCAGCUGUAGAGACAAGGCGGAGUAGAUAAGAAGGGUGAGAGGAGAGCUCUGCUCCCUCCCAAAACUCUUGUGUUCAGCUCUUCUAGUUACUUUCCUUUUGUUGUUGCUUUGGCUUCUGUGCUCUGGUCUGUUCCUGCACUUGGCUGCUUCCUUCUUUCCUGUCUGUGCUGCUGUUCCUCUCCCACCUCCCCCUUCUGUGCACUCUUUCUGGUCUCUGCACAGUGGGUAGACCGAGUUAUAAUUGCUGAAAUCUUCAACUUUGCGUAUCUCGGUUAAAAAGUGAGUUUUUAUCCACCAUAAGCUGUGCACCCAUAUUUGUCCAGCAGUGCCCCUCCCCAUUUUUGGCGUUUUCUUAAUAGUAGCAACCAGACCAAGCCUUGGAGUUGAGAGCUACUGCAGUAAAGCAUGGAUGCAUAGUUAUGAGUAAAUGGUGUGGAGAACUUAUUUCAUUGAACAUUAAGUUAGAUGAUGGCCUAAAAGAGUUAAGCUGGUAACUUGUUCAUUCUGCCCUGUAGGACAGUCCAUCUCAUUUUAUAUGAUUUCCCAGUCACUGAUAUUUUCCUACCAUGUAAAUGGAGUUCAUAACAAAAGUAGUAAUAAAUAUCUUUUAAUGUAGGUGGUAGUGCUGUUGUCUCACUAAUUAAAAACAAAAUUAGUUUUGUUUAUAUAGCCACAGGCUAAAUAUAUUAUACUUUACAACACUCCUUUGAAAAUGGAAUAGAGUAUUUUGCAAUGCAGGCAGUGUAGUAUUGGAGUGGGGGUGGGGGAAUUAUUGCUAUCCCUGGCCUGUACAGACCAUAAUUACAAGUGAAAAAAAUCUGCACUGCAACUUGGAUUUGCAUUCCUUCUGUAUUUUAUAUUAAGUGAAUAGCUUCAUUACUGAAUAGAAAUUCUUAAGCAAUCAAUUUUUUAAAUAGCUAUGUCUAUGCCUUGACAAGAUAUGAUUGCAUUGAUAUCUGUACUGGUUGUUUGUUAUUUUAAAGAAAACUAUUAAAUCUAUGGAAGGGGUGAAUUGUGUGCUAAGCUAAAGUUAUUAGGUAAAAGUAAUCUUUUCAAUUGAACUUAAGGGUUUUGAAGGAAAAAAUAGAUUAUAAUGGCUUGAGUAAGUUUGCAAUGUAUAAAAGACUCCACAAAGUUAUGACAGAAGGGUGGCUGUACUGUACAUGCAGUGGAGCCCCAUAUGUUUAAAGAUUUUUUUUUUACUUUUCUCUGUUAGAAAGUUUUGAAAAAAGAGACUUUGAAGUAUUUUGUUUAUACUAACAGACAAGAAAAGUUCUCCUAAGAAAAAGCUGGUGGCAGGAGUGUAGAGGAGUAGCAUAUGGCAUUAAAAGGAGCACAGCUGGAGGUAGCAUUUCCAUCUGAACAUGAUGUCAGAGCAGCUGACAGCCUGCCAUCCCUCAGCCUUUUAUUCUAACACACAGACAGGGAGUGAGUGUGUUUGCAGAUCUGUGUGUAGGGAAGGUAUCUCAUUCCUCUCUAACAUCAUCUCCACUUUGCAUCUGUCUCUCUUAGUCUGCUUUUUUCCACCGAUCUAACAGACCUGGAGCCAGCAAGACUCGGACAAAAGGACUUAAUCAGGUUUAUGUGUGCUAAAGGUUAUGAAGAAAGCAUGGAGUUUCCUGACCAUAGUAGGCAUUUACUACAGUGUCUGAGUGAGCAGAGACAUCAGGGUUUUCUUUGUGACUGCACUGUUCUGGUAGGAGAUGCCCAGUUCCGAGCACAUAGAGCUGUACUGGCUUCAUGCAGCAUGUAUUUCCACCUAUUUUACAAGGACCAGCUGGACAAAAGAGACAUUGUUCAUCUGAACAGCGACAUUGUUACAGCCCCAGCUUUCGCUCUCCUGCUUGAAUUCAUGUAUGAAGGGAAGCUCCAGUUCAAAGAUUUGCCCAUUGAAGAUGUGUUAGCAGCUGCCAGUUAUCUCCACAUGUAUGACAUUGUCAAAGUCUGCAAAAAGAAGCUAAAAGAAAAAGCCACCACGGAGGCAGACAGUACUAAAAAGGAAGAAGAUGCAUCGAGUUGUUCGGACAAAGUAGAGAGUCUCUCUGAUGGCAGUAGCCACAUUGCAGGAGAUAUACCCAGUGAUGAAGAUGAAGGGGAAGAUGAAAAAUUGAGCAUUCUGCCUAGCAAAAGGGACUUGGUGGCCGAGCCUGGGAACAUGUGGAUGAGAUUGCCCUCGGACUCAGCAGGCAUUCCCCAGAGUGGUGGAGAGACAGAGACACACGCAACAGCAGCUGGAAAAACAGUAGCCAGCCCCUGCAGCUCAACAGAAUCUUUGUCCCAGAGGUCUGUCACCUCCAUGAGGGAUUCAGCAGAUGUUGACUGUGUCCUGGACUUGUCUGUCAAGUCAAGCCUUUCCGGAGUUGAGAAUUUGAACAGUUCUUAUUUCUCUUCACAGGACAUAAUUAGAAACAACCUGGUGCAGGUGAAGGUGGAGAAAGAGGCUUCUUGUGAUGAGAGUGAUGUUGGCACUAAUGACUAUGACAUGGAACAUAGCACUGUGAAAGAAAGUGUGAGCACUAAUAACAGGGUACCGUAUGAGCCAGCCCAUCUGGCUCCUAUGAGGGAAGAUUCUGUUUUAAGGGAGCUAGAUAGAGAGGACAAAGCAAGUGAUGAUGAAAUGAUAACGCCAGAGAAUGAGAGAGUUCAGGUAGAAGGGAACAUGGACAGCAGUCUGCUCCCCUAUGUCUCCAACAUACUUAACCCAGCAGGCCAAAUUUUCAUGUGUCCCCUCUGCAACAAGGUCUUUCCUAGUCCCCACAUUCUGCAGAUUCACUUAAGUACGCACUUUCGAGAGCAGGACGGGAUCCGUAGCAAGCCUGCCACAGAUGUCAAUGUCCCAACCUGCUCCUUGUGUGGUAAGACUUUUUCUUGCAUGUACACCUUGAAGCGUCAUGAGAGGACUCAUUCAGGUGAAAAACCCUACACUUGCACCCAGUGUGGAAAGAGCUUCCAGUACUCCCACAAUCUGAGCCGCCAUGCUGUAGUUCACACACGGGAGAAGCCACAUGCUUGUAAGUGGUGUGAGCGCAGGUUCACACAGUCUGGAGACCUUUACAGACAUAUUCGGAAGUUUCACUGUGAGUUGGUGAACUCAUUGUCUGUCAAAAGUGAAGCACUGAGCUUACCUACUGUCAGAGACUGGACAUUAGAAGAUAGCUCACAAGAACUUUGGAAAUAGAAUUUUUAUAUAUAAUUAAUAUAUAUAUAUAUAUAAAUAUAAAUAAAUCUAUAUAGUUGUGGUACAGUCUAAAAGCAGUCUUGUUUCCUUGAACUGAAAGUUUGGCCAUUAGCUUGUUUUAUGCACUUUAAGGCGGCAUGAACAUUUCACUACUUAGUGCUCUGAUAAUAUGAACUAUAGUAAUGAGACUAAUAAACUUCAUUAAAAAAAUUCCCAUGUCUCAUCAUCAAGUAAGUACUUCUUUUAAAUAAAACUGCAAAUGAACAAGUGUGAUAUUUAACCUUAUUGCAACACUGCAUCAUUUUAAACUCCAUUUAAAACAUGAACAGAUACCCCUCCAGUAUUUUAUAAUUUGGUUCAAUUUUUAAAACUGCAUGCAUCUUUUUCUAUCUGUGGGAAACCUGAAUGCUUUUAGACCCAAGCGAUAAAUUUCUGAAAUGCUGGAGUAUCUAUUUUUAAACAAGCAGUUGAGCUAUUGUAAUUUGUGGAAUACAACAGUUCCCAAUUAAAAAGAAAAACAAAACAAAAAACCCCAACAACAACCACUGCAGAUUUUUGAAAAUACACUGGAAUUGCUGGGACUCUAUGAAGGUGUGCUUGGGAUGAAAAAGGAUGUUGCAGCUUCAGCAGCUGCGAACUGUGCAUUUAAAAAUGUGAAUUACUGUUGUAUACUGUAAUUGAUUAAAUGGGCUGGGGGGUGUCAAGGAAAUUGACAAGUUGUGUUAAUGCUCUCGGUUGAGUCUUGAAAAGUAAAUAUUAAUGCUACAGAAAUGCAUGCGUUUCAGUAUAUUUUUGUCUUUGUUUGCAUUGUAUAACUUUAAUGAGUGAGUUUUAAAACUUAUUUAAUUUUUUUGUAGGAAAAAAACACCAUUGGAAAAAUUGGUGUUAUGAAGAACAUAAAUGCACUGUUUUUUAUUUUAUAUAAUUUAAAUUAAUUGCCCACUGUCUUUAAGUUGAACAAAAGCUACAUGUUGAUUUUAGCUAUGUAAAGGAAGAUAGUAAUGUUUACAAACAGGCUUAGAGAUUUGCAUGUGCAGUGUACAUUUAUCAAGAAAAAUCUGAUUGCACAAAACCCAUGCCAGCUCCAACUUUAGAUGCAUACAUUACCCAUAUGAACAUUUUUAGAAUUCCUGCUGCACAAAUUAACAAUAGGUCAUUCAUUUUUCGCCCCUUGAAAAGAUUCUGUGGAGUGAAAAAGCCCCAGGCUGAAAGGACUAGAAAACCUUGAUUGACAUGGGGUGGAAUAGGGUGGGGUGGGGGAGCCGAGGGAGAAAAGUUGGGGGAGGGUUUGUGAAAUGUGUAUCCAAGCAGCAAAGACUGCAGCCUGACGUGUGGUUUUAAUGAUCAACACACAGGGCAAAAGCAUUUUGCACAGUGUUUGUUUUCCUGUCUUGCACUUACAAAUAAGGUCUAUGGGAGUAGCAUGGAAAAUUGUUUUCUCUUCUUUCUGCUUUUGUUUAGAAUUUGAUCGCCUUAACUACUGUAAACAUAGCCUAUUUUUGUGCUUAAGAAACUGAAUGGAAAACUCCAUUGUGUAUUGCUGGACUGUUUUGGAAAUAUUUUGGUCUAAUGUAUGUUAAUUUGGCUGUAAUGGCAUUUAAAACAAAAAAAGCUGUGAAAAUGGCCUUGGAGCAUUAUUUUUAGUUACUUGAAUAGUCUCUAGGUUUUAAAAAUACAUUCUUUUAUUAAUUUAGAAAAGACAAUCAGUGUCUGGAAAAAUGGACUACUUUUUUUUGUGGACGUGAGUGAUUGUUUUUCUGGGGUGGGGGGGUUGCCCUUUAGUUUCACAUUCUUUUUUGGUUCUAAAAAUUAGACUGACAUCUAGCUUUGACAAUCAUAGUAUGUUUUAUUUUCCUGAGGGGAGGGGAAUAACUUAUAAUGCUGUUUAGUUUUGUACUAUUGGUGUGUUGGUGAAUUUUUAAACUGUGUGCUAACUGCAAUAAAUUAUACAUACUGAGAAAUCAA